AUGAAUGCUCCGGGUUUGAACUUGGCAACAACCAACACAACAACAGCAAUAUGCCGGGUUGCAGAGCCUAUCGCCUUGACUUCUAUAUUCCCCUAUUCAUGGGUGAUGGUCAAGGACUUCCACGUGGAUAAUGGCAACAAUGCCUCCUUCUACGCCGGUAUUCUGAUUUCGGCAUUCUCGCUCGCAGAGGCUCUAACCGGUAUGCUCUGGGGUGCUCUUUCAGACCGUGUGGGCCGGAAGCCCAUCCUUAUAUCCGGCUGCGCGGGCACUACGGCCUCCUUGAUCCUGGUGGGGAUGGCCCCUAACUUCUGGGUCGCGCUCGCCGGUCGAGCUCUUGGUGGAGCCCUGAAUGGGAAUAUUGGAGUAAUCCAGACAAUGGUUGGUGAGCUUGUCAAGCGACCUGAACAUUAA